AUGAAAAGAACAACAACAGAGACCAGUGAAGCUCACUACGAUGUGGAAUCUCCUUGCGAGAAACAAGAAUUUUCCGACAUUGGUUCCGAAACAGAGGAGGAGCUUAUCAUCUUCGACGGCGGAGAAGAUUUCACGAUCUGCGACAUCCUCGAAGCUCCCGGAGAAGUCAUCGGAAAAUCAAGCUACGGAACAUUGUACAAGGCGUCGUUGCAGAGAAGUGGGAAAGUUAGGGUUCUUAGGUUCCUUCGACCUACCUGUGCAGUGAGCUCAGAUUCCAAGGAGUUUGAUGGCGUCAUCGAGUCGCUAGGAUUUGUGAGACAUGACAAUUUGGUUCCUCUGUUAGGGUUCUAUGUUGGGAUGAGAGGAGAGAAGCUUAUGGUCCAUCCCUUCUUCGGUUCCGGGAAUCUUUCCGAAAAAUGCGGGAAAGCCGGAAAAGAUGAAAGGAACAAACUUUUAGUUUUUCGACCAAAAGACAUCGACAUCAGUUAA